AGUUCUUAGGAUAUACCCGCCGGUAAUUAUGCUUAAUCGAGAUGUUCAUGAAGAAAUAAAGCUUGGAAAUUUGCUAUUACCUGCCGGAGUGCAGGUCUCGGUGCCAACAAUCCUCCUUCACCAAGAUCAUGAACUAUGGGGUGAUGAUGCCUCUGAGUUCAAACCAGGGAGGUUUGCUGAAGGUGUUUCAAAGGCAACAAAGAGUCAAGUCUCAUUCCUUCCAUUUGGAUGGGGUCCUCGAAUAUGCGUUGGACAGAACUUUGCUUUGAUUGAAGCAAAAAUGGCUUUGGCAAUGAUUUUACAGCGCUGCUCUUUUGAGCUCUCUCCGUCGUAUAUUCAUGCUCCUCGCACAGUCAUAACUCAUAACUCUUCAGCCACAGCACGGUGCUCCAAUGAUAUUACGUAAACUCUAAAUUGUUUAUAUGUGACGGGUAAGAGUUAUCCCAGGGUAUAAAGGAGGCUGGAUCUCCCAAUGAACCAAACCAAAAAGAAAACCUCUAGUUUAUAAUAUUAUGUGC